AUGUAUUCAACUUAAUAAUAAAAAGACUAUCCUCUAGAAAACUCCAAUCAAGGUGCCACCCGCACAUUCUUAGAUUAAAUAAAAUUAAGCAGUCACAUUAUUUAUCUAACAAAUGACGGAUGGUCCUGGAAUUUAGGAGAUUAGUUAAAAGACAAUAAAAGAUUAGAAUAAGAAUAAGAUGUUAAUGAACUAUUUAUUACAUAGCCAAUAGAAUUAGAAGGAAUUAAAAAUAGCAAAGUUGUCAAACUUUAAGCAAAUAGGACAGUACAGAUUGCACUUACUGAAAGCGGUAAGGUUUAUGUCAAAGGUAGCGAUCGCAACUCAACUGGUAUCUUAGGAUUAGGAGAAGAUGUAUAGGAAUCAAGGGAAUUUAAACAAAUUGCAGCAUUUUAAAAUAAAAAAAUCAAAUAAAUAUCUCUUGGUCUCAACCACGCUGCUGCAAUAGAUGACUCUGAUAACCUUUACAUUUGGGGCAGUGGGUCUAAUGGAUAACUUGCUAAGGUGAAUUCAUCCACUGAGAGUGUCAAAGAAAUGUCAUUUAGUCUUCCCAGUAGAGUCGAACUAGAGGAAAUGAUCAACAAUGUCAAAGAUGUCAUUUGCAAUCACACUUCUACCACAGUUCUUACAAAGAACGGAUUAAUUUUUAUACUUGGAGAGUACACUUAAUUAGUUGAAGAAAAAGAUUAAGCUUAAGAAAUUAAGUAGAUAUGGUCAAAAUCAUAAAGCCAAAAGGAUGUAAAUAAAUAACAAGCAGGUGGAGCAAAUCAAAAAAAAUAGCAAGAAGGAGGCUCACCAAAAUUAAACUCUAAAAAGAAAUAAAAAAAUUAGAUUUAGUAUAGUUGGCAAACUUUUGUUAAAGUUAUCACUCAAGGAGAAUGGGGUGGAUGUGCUUUAACCAAAAAAGGAGAUAUUGUAUUUUUUAAUAAGUUUUUUUAAACUGAGAAGUUAGGAGGAAAAUCAUAAUUCACAGAUGUUUUUGCAAACAAAGAAAAAAUGUUUGCUCUCCAAAGCGAUUCCUUGUUAGAAUGGGAUUUUGGAUUUAUAUUAAAAAAUGGAUUCUUUUAGAACAAUAAACGCACUAAUAUUGAUCGUAAAUUGGAUGUUAAAUUUUAUCCUCCAAAAAUUCAUUAAUUUACUCAGAGUGUUAAAUAGGCAAAAUUGGUUUUAUCUUAAAAUAAUUCAUAAGUUGCUCUUAAUGUCGAAACCGAUGGAGGCGAUGUCUUUGUUGAGAAAAAUAAUAUUUUCUCUCAAAAUAGACAGAGAAAUAAUUCUGAUUUAUCAAAUAAGCUUAAUAGCAGCUACAUGCUAAAUGCUAGUUAGAAUCGUUUAAAUAAUAUUAAUUAGUCUAUGUUUUCUAACAAUCUCCCAAGAGGACUCUAGUCACCAUCUUCUUUCUUAGGUACUAGUGGUGAAUACAAACAUAAUUUUUUUAGUCCAGAAAGUAGCGAUGUUUAUUAAAAAUUCUUAGCUGCAGGAAACAAUGCUAAUAUAGCUACUUUACCAUAUAGCAGUGGUAAAGGAUUUUUAGGAACCCAAAAUGAUUCUGGUAAGAAAAGUUAUCUAAACUUUGGACUUAACACAUAUAGAAACAACAACAUGAAUGAUAACCAUUUCAAAUAAAAUAAUUUGGCUGGUGCUGAUUUUGAAAAAAGAAUAAAUUAAGAAAUGAGAAGAUUAAACUAAAACACUUAUAUCCCUUAAAUGCAUGAUAAAAGUAUUGAUUAUUAAGGUAAGAGAGUGAAUACUGAUGAAAGCUAUAUGUUCGAAGAACUUUAACUCCCUUCCAGACUAAAAACUCUUACAGAUUUACACACAUAAAUAGGCAGUCAUUUCAGAGAAAGAGUACAUGAGGUUCAAUCUACCAUCAAUAAAACUGCCUAUAACAAGCGCCAUGGAUUCUCUCCUUUAAAAAACAACUAUUAAAAUUAAGAAACAAUCAAUCCCUCUAGGUCUAAAUUAAGAAUUGAAAGUUACCAAAAGGGAAAUCAAUAAGUAUUUGAGUCAGAUGAAUAAGGAAGAGUAAAAAGAAGUAAACUUAUGACUGCUGGUGAAUUUGAUUAGAAAUGGAAAGAACUUAAUAGAAAAUCUCAGUCAAAAGGAAAACAUAUUUAGACUUACAAGAGCAGUAAAGACUUGAACUAUUUCCUUCAAUUAAUUCAAUCUGGUAAAAGCCACUUUGAUUUAUAUGAAAAGAAUCACCAUAGUACACCACCAAAGGGUAAUCGCGACACCAGUUUCUUUGCUAAUACAAAAUAUGGUUAUAAUGAUUACUAAAGAGGUUUUAGUCCAGAUAAGAAUAACAACUGGAGUCCUCUUACUAUAAGUCGUGAAUAAUAUAAUUAACUUAAGCAAUAAAAGGCUUCUUUCUUACAAUAGUGGUAAAGUGCAGGUAAUGACAAAUUCAAACAGGAACAAGUUUUAAAAAAUAAUAACUAAUUUAUUGAUAAUUGGAUGAACUUCAAUAACUAUUAUGACAACUAAAAUAAAAGUUCUUCUAAUUUGGGAAAUUCCUAUUAUGAUGAUCCAUACACAGGAAGUCUUCUUUCUAAAUCUAGGUCUAAUCCUUUCUACCAAAACUUUUAACAAUAAAUACAUGCAAAUGAUAAAUUAAAUAUUUUUGGAGGAUUAGGAGAAGGUAAGUAUAAUGGUGGGUUUGCAAGAGGUGCAAGUAAUAAUAGAUAAGUAAGUAGCCAUCACAGAAAUAAUUCAUCAAACUUAAAUCAUAGCAUUUCUGCCUUAAGUGGAAGUUAAUUGAAUAUUGGAUCAAGAAACUAAUUAAAAUAAAUUUAAUUUAUUGAUGCAAAUGGAAUGAAAAUUAAAUUGCCUCAAAAUUAGCCUAUUAAAAGUAAGAAUAACCUUAAUGAAUCUGUUAUUAGCGGUAGAAGCAACAACAAAGUUCUUAAUGAUUCUAUUCAUGCUGCAAGCGAAAGAAAGAUUCGUAUGCUUGAUAAUAAGAAUGAUUUUGAAAAGCAAUGGGAUGCCCUAAAUAAAAGCAGGGAUAAAUCUAGAGAAGAAUAUUUAAACAGAUCUCAAAAAUCUAAUUCUAGGAACAAUUCUUUUUAUUCUGAUUAGAAAGCAAAUAGAUCAAGAAGCAACUCAAAUACAGGAAGCUAAAGAAACUUCGAUAAAUAAAAUAAUUCUUCUAUUGCUUAUCAAAAGUAGGUUGUACCUAGCUCUUUCUUAGGAGGCUUAUAGGACCCUACAUAACGCGGAUAGAGCUAUUUCGAUGCUCUUAAACCUAUAAACACAGAAGGAUUAGAAACUAAUUCUGUUUUUUCAAGCAAACCUCAUGGAUUACCUAAAUACAAUUAAAGUAUUAACAACUCAAAAAACCUUACAAAUUAAAGUAAAGAAUAUGUACCUUAUUAAGGUGAUCAUAAUUUCUAGCUAGAUUUCAACCAAUUAGGAAGUCAUAAUAAUUAGUCUCCUAGAUUCCAUUAAAACAGACAUUAAUACAUUUAAAAUAGCCCUGAAAGAUUAAACAGAAGUUAUGAUCCUAAUCUUUCUAAUUCAUAUCAACAGUUUAAAUCAAGGAGAGGUAGCUUCGGCUUGGAAUCUGAAGAAUAAGAUCUUAAUCAAAAUAAAUCCUCAUUUGCUACUGGAGGUAAUUUCUCUCAGAAUAGAAAUAAUUCAACUGAAAGGAGAUACAAGGAUCUUUAAAGUUAAUUUGAAAGCCAGCUCUCUGAAAAUUAAAAACUUAAAGAUAUGUUAAAAAAAUAAGAAGAAUAAGAUAAGAGAGCAAAUAAAAAAACAGCAGAAAGAUAGAAAUCUAAGAAGGAUGGAAAUACUGUUUUGACUGAGGGAAGCAUGAAUUUAAGCAGCUCUGAAAAUGAAUAAGGAUAAGAUGAUAAUAUUGACCCUUCUUUGUUAUCUAAGGAAGAGUUAUCAAAAAGAUAAAGAAGAGAGGAGAGAGCACUUUAGUAAAAGCAAAAAAAUAACAGCAUACCUGAUAUUUAAAAUGAUGAAGAUGAAGAGCAAUUAGGUUUUGAAUUCAAUAAUUCUAAGCCAUAAAAUAUGUAAAAAAGUUUACGUUAAAUGUAGCCUGGUAGAAGUCAUUCAAAUAUUAGUGAUAAGGACAGUUAGAAUAACAUCCCAUAAGAGAGCAAAAAGAUUAAAAAAAUAGUUGGGUAUGAUAAAAAUGGUAAGGCUAUUCUUGAAAUAGUUGAUGAAGAAGAUGAGGAUGUUAAAAGAAAGAAUAAUAAAGAUUAAAAACAAAAAGAUAGACUGUCUGAAAAAAUUGUAGGUUAUGAGGAAGAUGGAACACCAGUAAUAGAAGAAUCUAGUGGAAAAAUUGUCUAAAAAGUAAUUGGAUAAGAUGAAAAUGGCUAGCCAAUAACUAUUGAUGUCUUUGAAGAUGAUGAAGACAGCUUAAAAAAGAGUAAGAGAAAACAAUAACCAGGAUAAGAAAAUGUCAUCCAAAAAGUGGUAGGUUUUGAUGACUAGGGAAGACCUAUAAUUUAAGAAAUUGUUCUAGAUUAAAAUGGAAACUAGUAAAAUAUAAAUACAAGAGGUUUCCUCUCAAAAGACGAAGUCCUUUCUGAACCAGAAGCAAAGCUUAUGGAAAAAAUAAUAGGAUUUGAUCAGAAAGGGAAACCAAUAGUUCAAUAAAUUGUUGCUAAAGUUGUUAAGAAAGUAAUUGGUUACGAUAAAUAAGGUAAACCAAUAAUAGAAGAUAUUUUAAUAGAAAAUGAUGAAAAUGGAGAAUAAAUUAAGAAAAGUUAAUAAUUAACAAACUCUGCAGAACCAGCAAAAGAAACUUUCUAAAAAGUUGUCGGCUAUGACAGCAAAGGAAGACCUAUUGUUGAAGAUGUCUUUGUAGAUGAAGACGGUGUCUUGAGAUCAGUUAAAAAUACAGCAACUCCUAAGGAUGUUUCAGAGAAAAUAAUAGGAUAUGAUAAGAAAGGAAAGCCAAUUGUAGAAUAAAUUUAAGCAAAAAUUGUUUAGUAAGUUGUUGGCUAUGAUAGAUCUGGAAACCCUAUUGUUGAGGAAAUUUUAGUAUAAGAAACUGAUCCAAAAAAUAAAAGUUAAUAAGGAGCUGGCUCUUAACCAAUUUAGAAAAUUGUAGGUUAUGAUAAAAAUGGAAAGCCUAUUGUUGAGGAAAGCACUGGAAAAAUUCUUUCCAAAGUGGUGGGCUAUGAUAAACAGGGAAGACCUAUUGUAGAAGAAAUAUUUGUUGAUGAUGAAGAUUUAAAAAAAAAUAAAAAUAAAGGAGCUGCAGGUAAUGAUGAAGAUGAUUAAUUGAGAGUCAUUUAAAAAGUUAUUGGUUAUGAUGAAAAGGGCAGACCAAUUGUUGAAAAAGUUGUUUUAGAUUAAAACUAAGAUUAAAAGCCUGAAUAUAUUCAAAUUGAAUAAAUAAUUGGAUAUGAUAAUAAGGGCAACCCUAUUGUUGAAAGCAAGGCUGCAUAAAUUAUGAAGUAAAUUGUCGGAUAUGAUGCUUAAGGGAAUCCUAUAAUUUAAGAUGUGUUAGAAUACGAAGAAGAUAUUAAAAAGCGUCGUCCAGGUAUGGAUAAUAGCUAAACUUUCCAAAAGGUAGUAGGUUACGAUCAAGAUGGAAAGCCUAUCAUUGAAGAAUCUCAAGGAAAAAUUAUACAGACUAUUGUUGGUUAUGAUAAAAACGGAUAACCUUUGAUAGAAGAAAUAUUUGUAGAUAACAACGACUUAAAAGCAAAGAAUUUAGAUGAAUAUAAUCCAUAAAGUUAAGAUAGAGUUGUUCAAAAGGUUGUAGGUUAUGAUAAAUAAGGAAGACCCUUAAUUGAAAAAGUUGUAAUUAGCAACGAAGCUAGGGAAUCCCCUAAGAUUUAAAAAAUGUAAAAGGUUGUUGGAUAUGAUGAUAAUGGCAAUGCUGUUGUUAAGAACACUAAGGCUUAAAUUACAAAGUAGGUUGUUGGAUAUGACAGCUAAGGAAAUCCAAUUAUUGAGGAGGUUUUAGAAGAUGAACAAGCAGUAUUAAAUAAGAGAUAAGGAAUCGACUAAUCUAAAACUUUUGAGAAAAUUAUUGGCUAUGAUAUCAAUGGAAAACCUAUAGUUGAGGUUUCUUAGGGUAAAAUUAUUUAGUAGAUUGUUGGUUAUGAUGAAAAGGGAAGACCAAUUAUCUAGGAGGUCUUUGUAGAUAAUAAAGAUUUAAAAUAAAGUGACGAUGUAAAUAAAAGCUAGUCUAGAAUUGUACAAAAUGUUGUUGGAUACGACAAAGAUGGAAGACCUCUAAUUGAAAAAGUUAUUGUUAAUUAAAAUAAAGAAGAAACUCCUAAGGCUUAAAUUAUUUAAAAAGUAGUUGGGUAUGAUGGUAAAGGAUAACCUAUAAUCGAAAAUACUAAAGCCUAAAUUACUAAACAAAUUAUUGGGUAUGACUAACAAGGAAAUCCUAUUAUUGAAGAGGUAUUAGAAGAUGAAGAUUAGAUAAAGAAGAAUAAGAAAGGACUUGACAAUGGAUAAACAGUAUAAAAAAUUAUUGGAUAUGACUAGAAUGGAGAACCAAUUGUAGAAUUGUCUUAGGGUAAAAUCAUCCAGAGAGUCGCUGGUUAUGAUGAAAAUGGAAGACCUAUUAUUGAAGAGAUAUUUAUUGAUAAUAAAGAUUUGGUUCAAUAAAACUAGAAUUUGCCUAGAGUUAUUUAAAAGGUUGUAGGCUACGAUUAAGAAGGAAGACCUUUGAUAGAAAAAAUUAUUCAUGAUGGAGAUCAAUAGGAGGAACAUCAACUUUAAAGGAUAUAGAAGGUGAUUGGAUAUGAUGAAAAUGGAAAGCUAAUUACUAAAAACACAGUGGCAUAAAUUUCUAAAUAAAUUGUUGGUUAUGAUAGCUAAGGAAAUCCCAUAAUCGAAGAAGUCUUACAAGAUGAAGAGGAAAUUAAGAAACGCAAACCAGGAUUUGACAACGGAUAAUUGAUUGAAAAGAUUGUUGGGUAUGAUAGUAAUGGUGAGCCUAUUAUUGAAAUAUCAUAGGGUAAAAUAAUCUAAAAAAUAGCUGGAUAUGAUGAAAAAGGUAGACCAAUCAUCGAAGAGAUAUUCGUAGAUAAUAAAGACUUACAACAAAAAGAAAAGAAUGUAGCAGCCUUUAUAGAUUAAGGAAGAGUUGUUUAAAAGGUGAUUGGCUAUGAUGCCAAUGGCAGGCCAAUCAUUUAAAAAACUGUUGUGUUUAAUGAUCCAAAAGAUUCAAAUUAAUCUCAAUACUAAACUUUGGAAAAGGUUAUUGGAGUUGAUUAGAAUGGAAAGCCUAUUAUUGAAAAAGUUUAAGGUAAAAUUACAAAAUAGCUGAUUGGAUAUGAUAGCCAAGGAAGGCCUAUUGUUGAGGAAAUAUUGGAAGAUUAACAUGAUCUUAAAAGAAAAGCAGCUUAAAACUAAACAAUUCAAAAGGUAGUAGGAUAUGAUAAAAAUGAUAAUCCCAUAAUUGAAGAGGUCAAAGGCAAGAUUGUGUAAAAGGUAGUUGGUUAUGACGAUUAAGGCAGAGCAAUAGUGGAAGAAAUUAUUAUUGAUGAAGACAACUUGAAGAAAAAUAGGUCUAAGUCAAAUUAGAAAGGAAGAUAUAUUAAUAAGAUAGAUCACUAUGAUGAACAUGGAAGACCUGUAGUUCAAAAGGUAUUUGUUGCUGACGAAGAAGCCAGUACAGCUCCUAUUCACUCUGUUGAGAAAGUUAUUGGUAUAAAUGAAAAAGGAGAACCCAUUAUUGUUAAAAGUAAUGCUACAAUAACUAAAUAAUUUGUCGGAUAUGAUAAUUAAGGAAAUAAAGUAUUUGCUGAUGUCUUAGUUGAUGAUAAUAAGAAGGCUGAGUAAGAUUAAGUAUAAACAAUUUAAAAGAUUGUUGGAUUUGAUAAAAAGGGUAAGCCCAUAGUAGAAUAAGUUUUAGGUAAAAUUGUUCAGUAGGUAGUUGGUUAUGAUGAUGAAGGUAGACCAAUAGUUGAAGAAAUUUUGAUAGACUAAGACGAAUUAAAGAAAAGUAAAAAUUAAAGAUCUCAAGAGGGAGGUAGGUAUGUUUAAAAAGUUGUAAGCUAUGACGAAAAUGGUAGACCAAUAAUUGAAAAAAUCUUAGUUAACGAUCAAGCAUUAGCAGCUGUUACUCCUCCUGUUCAAGUCUUUGAAAAGGUUGUAGGUGUUGAUAGUAACGGAGACCCAAUAAUUGUUAAGAGUAAGGCUUGUAUCUCAAAAUAAAUCGUUGGCUAUGAUUAAAAUGGAAAUCCUAUUUUUGAAGAUAUUUUAGAAGAUGAAGAUUAGAUAAAAAGAAAGGCCAAUUAAUAAGGCUAAGGUGUUCAAGCUAUUUAAAAGGUUAUUGGCUAUGAUAAAAAUGGAGAACCAAUUACUGAAGAAUGUAUUGCCAAGAUUGUUUAAAAAGUAGUCGGAUAUGACGAUAGUGGUAGACCAAUAGUUGAACAAAUUCUUAUUGAAGAAAGUGAUAUUUAAAAAGAAAAUAAUCUUAAUGACUAAUCAGUUAGAAUAAUUUAGAAGGUUGUUGGCUUUGAUAAUCAAGGAAGACCUAUUGUUGAAAAGAUUGUUGUCGAUAAUGGAGAGUAGCAAGGUAAAACUGUAGAAAAACCAGUUAAUAAGAAAAUAGUUUACGAUUAAAACGGAAAGCCUAAAUUAGUUGCUUCUCAAGAAGGUAAAAUAACAAAGCAAAUUGUUGGAUAUGAUGACUUUGGAGUACCUGUAAUCGAGGAAAUUCUUGAAGAUUAAAACUCUAGAACUUAAUAACCAUAGAUUAUGGAAAAGAUUAUUGCUUAUGACAAAAAUGGAAAUCCUAUAAUUGAAUAAUGUUUAGGAAAGAUUGUUUAAUAAGUUGUUGGCUAUGAUAAAAAUGGUAUUCCCAUAAUCUAGGAAGUGUUAAUUGAUGAAGAAGAUCUAAAGAGAUAAGAUUUAGUAGGAAGGGGAUCUGCUUCUACUAAUGGAAGAAUCAUGUAAAAAGUUGUUGGUUAUGAUAACUAAGGUAGACCAAUUAUUGAAAGAAUUUAUGUUGAGCAAGAUGAUCGCAAAAACAUAGAAAAAGGCAAGAAAAACAAGAGUAAUUUCUUGUAAUAAGAUGAAGAAGAAAUAGCUUCCGAUUUUGAUAAAAAAAGAUAAAAUGCCAGCAAAAAUAAUUCUUUAAAUAAAAGCUAGCCUAUCAAUUUUGAUUUAUAAGAAGAGCUUGAGAGUUAGCUUAGAAAGGAAAUAGAAGAUCUUAGCUCUCGUCAUAGUGACUUGAAAAAAUCAUAGAAUUUGACAUAUUCUUCUAUUGAUCAUAAUUUAUCUUAAUCACCUGAAAAGAAAAGAAAUAAAGACUCUGCUUUAAUUUAAUAGGAAAAAUUAGCUGAAGAAUAGCGCUAAUAAGAAGAGAUGCUAAAAAGAUUAUAAUAAGAGGAGAUGGAAUAGUAAAGAAUCAUGGCAGAAUAGGAAUAACUAUAAAAGAUUCAACAGUUAGAAAAGUAAAAAAUGUUUGAAAAAUAAUAGUAAAUUGUAUAACGCUUAAGUUCUUAGACUCCUAAGUCUUAGAAAAACAAUAACAGCCUCAGACUUAGUCAAGAAGUAAAGAAAAAUAAAUCAAAUAUUAACUUAGAUAACAGCAGAGGAAGCUUAAACAACAGCAGAAGCAACACACCAAAAAGCAAUUCUCUAAGAUUUAGUGAUAUAUGUAAUAAUUUCAAUAAUCAAAUGAAAAAAACUCAUUUAAAUGAGCAAACAAAAGCAUUAGAAAGAAAUACUGGUCUUCGUAUUAGUUAAUAUGCAGAUUAAAAUAGAUCUAGAAGCAGUAUUAAUAACUCAAGAGGAAGUAUGAAUAACUCAAACAUGCAAAGUAAAUCUCCUGUCAAUACAAAGAAAUCUAUGUUUUCUCCAUUCCCUGAUAACAAUAAAAAGAGCAGCAAUGACAUCCUUCCUGAUGAGUUGAAAAAUUAACCUUAUCAUAAUUUGAAAAAAUCAUAAGAAUCUAUCAAUAAGAGCUUUAAUGAAGUGAGUGAUCCCAACUUUAUAAAAUCUCCCAUUUCCCCUAUAUUACCUCCCUCUACUUAAUAGUAAAAAUAAAAAGCUCAUUUCUUUGGAUAGGCAGCUUCUAUAGCUUCAGCAGUUUCUCCUUCAAACAAAUCUCAAGGAGCCUAUCUUAAUCCUAACACUCCUAGUGUUAAUUUAUCUGAAACAAAUUUCGAAGGUGGCAUUCAACAACAAGGAGGAAACUUUAGCAACACUGGAUAAGGAAUCAAAUCUCCUUUCCUUUCUCCAAUUAAUAGAACAUCUCUUAAUUCUCAAAAAUAAUCUAUAGAUUUCAAAAAUAAUUAAUCUCCAAAUAACACUUUCAAAUAAUAAAAGUCAUAAAACCUUAGUGGAGCUCAAAAUGAUUUAUCCCCUUCCUAGUAAAAGAUUGCUUCAGAGCUUUCACCCUCUUAAAAACCUCCUAUUGGACAACAAAAAUAACCUAGCUAAAGAAGAGAUAAUGAAUAACUUCAAAACUCUCAAAAUACAAGAGACUCAUAGAAUUUAUCUGCUCAAUCGCCUUCUUUAGCUCAAAAUGAUAGAAACCUACUAAUUAGACACGCAGUAAGCUAACAAGUUGAUUAAUCAGCUUCUUCACUUUAGAGUUCUUAAGUUAAAGAUUUUCAACAAUAAGGAAAUUAGAAAUCAAAUAUUUCAAGCUAACUUUAAUAAUAGCAAUAAUAGUAGUAUUAAAAUUAAGAAAGUUUAUAGAAAAAGGGAUCUUAAGAUGAUUUACGCUCAAGUGGGAAUUAAUUAGAUUAAUAUUAUCAUUCAUCUAAGCAGAUAACUAAGUAGCCUUCUUAAUAGGAAUUAACAAAAUAAAGUAAACAAUCACAAGAUGAUAAUUUAUCAUAAUCUAAAUAAAUUUCAUAAUAAUCUAAUAACUCUACUAAAUAAUAAAAAUCUAUUGAAAAAAGUUUAUCUAGAGAUUCAUCUUCCCCUAUUACCAGAUAAUAAACUGCUUAAAAUGCACAAUCUAAAUAAAAUUCAAUCAAAGAAAAGGAUUCUAAUAGUCCUAGCUCUUAAAUGAAACUUAGUGGAACUUAUUCUUUAAAGCAAUCAGGAGAUCUUAAAACCCAAAAACAACCAGGCAUACUUACUAUUGAAGAUAAUCAAGAAGAAAUUGAAUAAUCUAAUUCUUAAAAUACAAAAUAAAACAAAUUAUCAGUACAACCAAUAGAAGCCCAUAAGCGUCAAUCAUUUGGUAUUUAUGAUUCUAACUCAAACGAUGGAAAUUUAAGUAGUAGAAAAACAACAGAAGUUCAACAAUCACCAGUUUUUAAUUAAAAUGAAUAAAAAAUUAUUUUUGCUCAAGAUGAUUAAAUUGAAGAUGAUAAUGAAGAUGAUCAAGAUAAUGAUAGGGUUAAAAAACAAAAAUACAGUCCUUCAAGUUAAAUAGAAAAGCAAUAAUCUGAUAAUAAUAUUAAAUAAUCCUAGACAGUCUAAGAUAAAAAAUAAUAAUCUUAAAAUCCACAAGAUAAAUCAUAAGGAAAUUAUGGUAAUUAAAAAAGCAAAUAAUCUAAUCCUAGUUAGGAUGAAAUUUAACAAUAUGAAGAUGAAGAAGUAGAAGAGUUAGAAUUUGUUUAAAGCAGCAAAAAUAAUAACAAUAGCAGAAUUAAAUAGAAUAGAGAAGAAACACCAAAAGAGACUUAAAAUGCUUAGAAUGUUAUUUAAAAUGAUGAAUCAGAUAAUUUUGAGUAAGGAUAAAAUAAGUAAGUUACAAGAAGUAAAUCUCCUCAGCAAAAUAACUUAGGUUAAUAGAUGAGGCAGUCUUCUUCUUCUGUUAAUUAAGAUUAAACAAAAUAAUCAUAAAAUAUAUUAAAGGAUUAGUAACCACAAAGAGGUAGAGAUAGAGAAGAUUAAAAUAUAUAAAAAACAUAAAAUAUCUCUAGAAGCAAAUCUCCUUCAUCAGGAAGUGUUUAAAAUUAACAAAUUAAUAAGCAAGAUAGCAGAGAAAAUCCUACACAAAAUAUUAAUAAAUAAAGAAGCAAAGAGUAUGAAACCUAAAACAAUUCAAUUAAAUCAAGUAGCAAAUCUCCUUAAAACAAUCUUUAAAGAUAGCAACUCUCUAAAUAGGCUUCUAACUAGGAUACUAGAGAAAAUCCUAUUCAGAAUAUCAGUAAAUAGAGAAGUAAUGAUUUAUAAAGUAAAGUAGUUUCUAAUUUGUCAAGAAGCAAAUCACCCUCAAGCAGCAGUGAUGAAAACCAACAAAUAAAGAGAGAAAAGUCUUUACUUAAAGAUUAGCAAACAUAUAAAGGUUCCUAAUAAUAGUAGUAAUAAUAAUAAUCAUCAUUAGAAAUUUCUUAAUAGAAUAAACCAUAGUUGUAGGUUUAAUAACAAAACUCCAAAGAUUUAGAACAAGAAACCAAUCAGCCUAUUAAGGGAAUAAAUGCUGAGGAAAAGGAGAUCACACCUUCUUCAUAGAAUUAGAACAAAGACUAAAAGUGGAAAUUAGCUGAAAAGAAACAAGAUGGAAAAUAAUCAUUUGAGCAAUUCAAAAAGUAGCUUAGCUAAAAUAGCGCCCACACUCCUUAGAGUGUCAGCUCUCCUACUGAUAAACCUAAGAAUUUUGAAGAUUAUCAAAAAUAGAGUUCUAAAAGAGAUGAAUCACCUUUAGAAUAGAAGAAAGUUUAAGAAAGCACUAAUUAAAGCUAUAUUUCAAGAGAAAAGCAAGCCUCAUAAUCUUCAAAACACUAAUCUCCAUCAUAGAGAAUACCUAGUGGAACUGCAGCUCAAAACAAUAGCAAGAAUAACACAUAAGAAAAUGAACUGAUUGAAUAGAAUUAGAAGUUAGAAUAAGAAGGUUUAGUGAUUAGUGAUGUUAUUGAUACUUAAGACCAGAUAGAAACAAACAGAAAUAUUUCUGCUCGUUAAAUUUUGAAUACUUAAAACUCUAGACACGAUACUUCUCCUAUGCAAAGACACUAAAGUCCAAGCAUAAGCUAGAAUGUUACUCAAGAAGAAUAAGUGAAAAGAAACUUACCUUAAAAUUAAUAUCAAAGUGGAAACUAAGACAAGCAAGAUGAAGCUAUUCCUUCUUAAAUUUCUUAAAAGAGAAGCGUCAGCCCCAAAUAAUUGAGCUAAAAUUUGGAGUAAUAGACUUAACAAGUUAAUAGCAAUAAGUUAAGAGAUAGUGGUUUGAUUUAAUAGAAGCAAGUAGAGACUUCUUAACAAGGCUUGAAAGGUAAAUACACACCUAGGUCAAGUGAAUCAUCUUCACCUCUAAAUAGUUUUCCUAAUUAGGCAAACUCAGAUAGUGAAAAUCUCCAAUAAUAAUACAAUGAUGAAGCUUUGAAAAUUGAAGAUUUAUAAAGCUCAAAAUAAUAAAGCUAAAGAGUUUAACAAAAUAACCAAAAGGGAAUUCAAAAACAGUCUAGUACUUCAUCAUCCAAAGAGAGGUAGAAAUAAAAUUUAUAGGUUGAUUCUAAUUUAGAGCUACAAAAAUAGAAUUAGAUUGUUGUUUCUCCUAACUUUUAACAAGGGCAAGUUAUUUAAUCACCUAAUUUCUAGCAAGCUUAAUUAACUUAGUCAUAAACAGGUAAAGAAAUUCUUCCUUUAAAACAAUAAGGUAAAUCAGGAAAUAUUUAUGAAGAAGAUUAAUAGGGUAAUGAUUAAAGUGAUGAUUUUUCUUCUGACAAUAGAUUGUCGCCACUUGAAUAAAAAAAUAAAGAUCUUAUUAAAAAUACUUAGAGCAUACCAAAAAAUAAUCAAGCAUCAACAUUCAGCAAUAAUUCAAAUAGAUAGUCUCAAAACGAAGAAAGUUAACAUUAAAGAGAACCAUACUAGCAGUUAAAGUAAAAUAGAACAGGUGAGUUCAUAUAAUAAAACCAACAACCUUAAGUUACUCAAAACACUAAUCGCACUUCUCGCUCUCCAAGUACAUCUAGAGUCUCUCCUCAUCAAGCUACUUAGCAAAAUGUAUCUCCAAAAAUAAAUAAUAAACAAGGAGGAUAAAUGAAUAACAAUUAGUAAAAAAGCUCUCAGGUAAGCAUCAGAGGAGAAAGAUCAAACUUAUCUCCCAGAAUGAGUUAAGAAAAUAUUAUAGAACAACAAAAUGGUGAUAGCUCUUUUGAAUAAAUAAAUGAAAUAUUAAAUGAAAAAAGAGAGUAAGUCUAACAAUAAUAAAAGAACACUGAUAGAAACCGUAUUGCAAGUAUUGUAUCUAAUAUGAAUAAUUCUUCAAAUAACAUCACUUAGUUAAAUCCCACUGGUACUCUGAAUACUUAAAAUAUACCUACAGUUUAAACAUCCUACUCACCUCGCAGUUAGCAUUAAGGUAGCCAAAAUUACAAUAUUUACACUCAAGUGUAAUAAGAUGCAGUGAUUUCACCUAGAAUACAGUAAAAUUCCUAGUAGAGUUUCAAUUAACGUACCUCUAGAGGAAAUUCUCAGACUAGUCUUCCUUUGAUUCCUCCAGAGAUACAAGAUGAAAAGUAUAGAGUUUUAAGGGAAAGUGCAUUAGGAAGCAUAGUUUAGAAGAAGGAGGAAAGAGAUAGCUAAGUCUUCAAUCUAGUUAAGAACUCUGGAUAUUCUUCACCUAAUCCUUCUUUCCAUUAGUAGGUAUAAGAAGAAGAAUUAAGACAAUAAUAAUCAUAAAAUUUGAAUAGAUAAUUUGAAGGUGAAGAAGAAUCUAAUUCAGAUGUUCCUUCAAAUCUUAGAAAUAGCUUAAAUUAGUAAUCCAUAUAUUCAACUGGUUUGCUUAAGCAAAACUCCCCUUCGAGAAAGAUGUCAAAUUCUUUAUCUUAAUUACAACAACAGCCAUAGUAGAUAUUGAAUGAAUCUGAAUUAACUGGAAAUAUUAACAAUUCUAAUUACACUGGAGGCUUUGAAAGUGCAAGUUAAAGCUAAUCUGGAGUAAAUAAUCAAAACGCUGCUCUUGCUAAGGAAAUUAUGCGUAGAAGUGCAAAUCUGAGAGACUAAGAAAAAUUAAUUCAUAAAGAUAAGGAUAAAUUCUUAUAAAAGAGUAGCCGCAGCAAUAGCUAGAAUAGCAAUUCGAUUCAUCAAUCUUUACAAAGUCCUCAACAGAAUAAUGUAGUUUUCAACUCAUAAGUUGGACAAGUUAGUGCAAUUCUUGAUGAAAGAAGCUAAAUUUCUGGUGCAGCAUUUAUGGGCAGCUAAUCUAUCCCUUUUAAUGACAACAGCUAAGUUUUUGCUAAUCAAGAAAAUUUGCAUUCUCAAAACUUAAAAAAUUCUCAGAACCAGCAAUAUGCCUAACACCCUCUUCAACAAGCUAUUCAAAACAUAGGAGGUUCCAUAAUAGAAAGAUAAGAACUUCAAAAUGAAAGUAACAACUUUACUACUCUUACUCAAUCAGGAAAUAAGUAAGCUAUUCCUAGAGUUCAUUCAAGAAAUGUAUCUAGAUCAAAUGUAGCUUUAGAGAAUGAUCAGAUCUAAAGUAAUGACCAAACAAGUCAAAAUGAACAAGAAGAAAUAGAUCCAACUAAUAUCUAUCAAGCAUAUCGCAUGAAAAAUCCAAGAUCUUCAUCAAGCAUAGGAUAAAAUAUAUCUCCUAAAACAUACGUAGAGCAUGCAAAUAUGAAUUAAGCAAUCUAAGAGUAGCAAUAUAUAGAAAAGGUAUAAACAAUCAAUGAAGAAUAGAAAAGACUUUAAAAUUUAAAGCAAUAAGAGUAGUAAUACAAUCCGAAUGCUUAAUAAUCUAGCAAUGAUUAAGUAUAUGAAAAUUAAUCUGGUUAAUUUGCAGGAAAUAAUUAAGAUAAUAAACAGAGUAAUAAUGUUGAUAUCAGCUCUGAUGAAGAAUUAGAUAAAGAAUAUGCUACAAUUGAAGAAGCACAAUAAGCUCUGAUGAGAAGCUAACAACGAAAGUUAGAAAAAUUUUAAAAUAAGAAAUAAGAAGCACAGUAGAGAAAGGAUUCGGAUGAAAUUUUGUUUUAUUCAGGAAUUGAAGAAAGUUAAAGAGCAAAACAGGAUCAUAUUUCUCACAAAGAACAUGAAGAUUGGCUUAGAAAAUAAGAAGUUAUAGAAAAAGAAUAAUACAAACAAAAAUAAUAACAAAUGCUAAAAGAGUAGCAAAAUAAACAAAAAACACCCUAGUAAUAACUUUAUGAUCAUCAUGAUGACUAAUUAGAGAGCUAACUACACCAGUAAGCUGAAUAAUAUCUAUAAAAUACUUAUGGUGAUAAACUUAAUCUCAAUCAAAAUAGCAACAAUUAAAAUAAAGAUAGAUUAAACAAGCAAUAAGAUAAAUCAGCUAAUAAUUCUUAGAAUCCAUUAUCUAAUUAAGGACUUGGAAGCGAUCAAAAAUCUUCAAGUCUUUAAAUUUCUCAAUCUUAAAAUAAAAAUACUUCUUCUGAAAUAACAUUCCUAAAUAGCAACUAAGAUAACUCAGGUCAUAAAGAUGAUAAAGAAAUUUAAAGCGCUACAUUUGCAGUCUAGAGCAAUAACUAACAAGCCAGCUCACCUAUUUAAUAAAAAGAAAAAUAAAAUUCUCAUAAGCAAUAAAAUGAAGCUGUUCCAACAUUUGGUGAUUAUGAUGGUUCUUCCCAAAGGUCGACAUCUAGGAAAAACUCUUUAAAUCAAAAUAACAAUGAAAGCAAGUUUAAGUAGGAAGAUUAGAACGAAUCUUAAGCUUAGAGAGACUUCAGUCGCAAAAAUAGCUAGCAAAACGAGCAAUUCAAUCAAAGCAGACAAUAGCAACAAAAAUAAAAUGAAAAUCUUUUAGAUGACGAUUUUGUUUACUUGAGCAAUAGUAAUCAAAUUAAGAAGUCACCUCCUGGUAGCAUUUAUUAAAUAAUUGAAAAGUAAAAGCAAGAUAUUGAAUAAAAUAAAUAAAUGUCAGAGUAAAAUAAGAAGGCAACAUUAUUACCUGUUCAGUAAGGAUAAAAGUUAUCAUUUUAAGAUUACAAGAGCUAACAAAACCCUAAUUAAUAGCAUAAAUAAUCACCUACUUUUAAUUAAAUGCCCUAGGAAGAAUAGGAUUAAAAUAGCAAUAAACAGCUUGGUAGCUAGCAUAAUUACAACAACUCUGUUACAACAUGCUAAUUCAAUAAUCCAGUUAGCCUUCAAAAUUCUUAAUUAGGAAUUGAACCUCACUCAGAAGAUCCUCAAUACGAUUUAGAUUUAUUCCGCAUUAAACCUAACCAAAAUAAAUAACGCUAAGAGAAUUCCAAACAAGAGUUUGGUAGAGAAUCUUUUGGUAAUAAUAAUGAAGGAGAUAUUCUUUCUGAUGAACAGAUCAUACAAAAUUUCAAUGAAAAUAUUGCACCAAGAGCAAUAAAUAAGUAAUUACCUCCAAACUCCAACAGCAGCAGAGGCAAAACAAUCGCUCAAGCAUACGAAGAAUCUAGUGAAGCACACAACACAAGCUAUUACUCUUAACACUUUUAGAAAACUGAAGAGAGUUUAGAUGACAACAGCAUUCAAAAUUAUAGUUAGUUUAGACCUUUCUAUGAUAAGGCUUAAGGAGAUGAAUCUAGUGCAAUCAAUAUUAAUUACACUCCUGAUAAAUAAAAUGCUUCUAGAACUCAGUUUAGUGCAAAUCAAUUCUAGACUAGCUACUAUUAAUCUCCAUCAAUGAAUCUUAGCAGAGGUUAUAAAUAAGCCUCAUUGGAUCCUUUAUAGAUAUAAGGAAAUCGCUAAUAAUUAGAACAAUUAAUUGCUUCGUAAAGAGCUUAAACUGAAAGAAACUUCCAUCACUCAGCCAGCUUGAAUGAUAAUAAGAGUAAGGGCUUUUAGAGCGAUAGAAAUGAAAAUGAACACAAAUCUUUUGGAGAUUAUAAGAAUCAGAAAACAAGAGAUCAAGUAAUAGCUGAAUUAUAUCAAAAAGAAGUAGGACAAAUGUAAUAAAAUGUGCUUUAAAAGAUUUAUGAUCACAGCAAAGACAUCAGCUAAUCUUUCUCUAAAUCUAGAGGUUCUGAUAUCAAUUACAAUCCUUUCUUAAAGUCUACAUCAAACCAAAAAGAUAUGUCUAUUUUAGAUAAGUCUAUCUUCAAUAAGCUUAGCAGUGAAAAACAAAUAUGUGUAGUUAUUGCUAUGAAAUUGGAAAAGUUCCAGCUUAAGAGAAAGUUCCAUGCUUUUUAGAAUAUGAAAGUUAAAACUUAAAUGGCCACAAAAAGAGAAAGUUUUUCAAACAUGCACUUUAGACAAAAGUAACAGAUAGCUAAAGUAAUAUAUUAGACAUUAUAAAACAACUUGAAGAAACAAUACUUGGAUUUCUUUAUUAGACUCAGAAAGAAUUUAAUCCUUCAAAACGUUAAUAUGGGCUAAUAUUCCUAACGUUCCUAACAAUAAAUAAAUAGCUAAGACUAAAUUGAUUUUAAAAAUCUAACAAGGGAACAGUAAUUCCUCUACCACUCAAUCGGUCACUUCUCUAAAACAAUAAAUAAACUCAAACAAGGAAGAUUGAGAAAUGCAUUCGACCAAAUCUUAUAUUCCUAUAGUUCACUGCGUCCAACCAUAGAUUAGAAUUAGUUCUUCUUGUCCUAAAGAAAUUAGAAUUUGAGAUAGCCUAUUUUUUACACUGAUGGUAAUGAGGUAUCUGACCCUUAGACUCCAGAAAGAAAAUCAAGAUCAAUGAAGAAUAAUAAGGGUUUACAAAGAGCUACAUCUGACAGUCCUGAAAGACUUGCAAAGAUUUAAUAACAAGUUAGAAACAGCUAAAAACAAAACUCUUUCAAAUAACCUCUCUAACUUCAUAAAAUGAAUGAAGAUGAACAAUAAUAUUAAUAAGAUAAUAAUAACUAAUCUUUUUCUGAAAACCAAGCAAAUAAUGAACCAUUUAAUUACAGCAACAAAUAAUCUCAGUAAUUAGGAAGUCAAAUUGAAAAUCUUUACUUCUCAAAGAAGACUACUGAUUCGCAGGCAUCAAUCAGAUAGAUUUAUAACCUCAAUGACCACUCUAAAGGCUAUAAAUUCCAGAUGAAUGAGUUUGAGUCAAACUUAGAAUCUCCUCAUGAUAGAAACACAGAAGACAAUGACUACAGACCUCAAUAUGCUCCUGCUUAUGCUGAUCCUAAAGAGUUCUAGCCAGACACUCAAUACAUUCGCAAUUUGAGUUAAGAUGAUUUACUCUUGAUUGAAGAGCUCUAUAAAAAUAACAAUGCUAAUCCUAACUUGCUGCGUCCUCUCACUGGAUCCUAAUACUAACAAAAACACUAAUCUCAUGGUAGUAGAAUGGAUUACAGCGAUUUUGAUCAACACUCUUAACAUAAUGAAUAAGAAAAGCACUAAUUUGAGAAAUAUCUUAACUAAUUCAAUCUUAGUAUGAGCCAAAACUAGUCUAUAUCUCACACUCCUUACUAGUAACCAUACUAAAGCAACAAUUUAAGAAAUUCUGCUUCAUUAAAAUAACAUAAUUUACAGAAUCUUUACAAUGUUUAAAUUGCAGAUUAUUAAGUAGAUGAUGAUAACUCCCUAAAUCAAGGUGAGCCCCACCAUAUGUAAAACUAACAGUUCCAACAUUCUUACACCCUCCCAACUGAAUAAAUGAAGUUACUAAACUAAAGUUAAUAAUACGCCUUUAUCCCUGAAAGUCUUUAACCUGGUUACAUGCAUAAGUAUGCCAAUAAGCUUCUAAAAAUCCCAGCAAUAGUUAACUAUACAGACUUAAGAUCGAGUAUGACUGGUGAUAAAAAAAUGAAUGAAUAAAGCUUAAACAAUCCUCCUGCUUAAUAUCUUCCAGGUUAUGAAAAAGUAAUAAACGCCCAGAAACAAGCUAUAGCAAAAUCUUUUAAGAAAUUGCAUAACGAAAAAGUAACUGGUAAAGAAAUUUCUCUCAACCCCAACUAAUCAUUAAUGAACAGCACUAGCGUUUUAUCUCCUAGUUAAAGAGGAUUAAUGUCUUCUUAAUCUAUGUAUAUUACAAACCUAAACUAAAGUUCCUAUCAGUCUCCAAGACAAUCGAUGGUUGCAAUGAAUGCAUCAAACAGAUUGUAUGGUAUUGCAGUAUAAAAGCAGUAAUAACAACAACAAUAGUAAUAAAGCUAAUAGCAAUCUACAACUGGCAGUAAAAGAUUGAUAUCUCCAGAUAAUAAAUCUUACUCCUUAAGGAGAUCUGGUGGCUAAUUUAAUUGA